AUGUCAUCCGCUCCUCUGAGGGUAUACGUUCAGUGUAAUCCAUUACUUGACGUCUCGGCUCACGUGUCCGACGAAUUUUUGGUCAAGUAUGGUUUGGAGCGCGGUACGGCCAUCUUGUUGUCUGAGCGCCAGAAAGGAAUAUUCGACGAUAUCGAGAAAAUGCCCAAUGUGCGGUAUGUCCCUGGUGGAUCUGGCUUGAACGUGGCGCGCGUUGCGCAGUGGAUGCAGCAAGCGUAUAAGGGGAAGUUUGUUACAUAUGUUGGCUGCAUUGCAGAUGAUCGGUACGGCAAGGUUCUGAAGGAAGCUGCCGAGCAUGAAGGAAUUGUGAUGGCUGUUGAGCAUACGACGAAAGCAGGGAGUGGUGCGUGUGCAGUUUGUAUCACCGGCAAGGAACGCACUCUUGUUGCUGAUCUUGGUGCAGCAAAUCACCUCUCCAGUGAGCAUAUGCGCUCCCCUGCUGUCGUGAGGGCGAUGGAUGAAUCCAGAAUUUUCUAUUUCUCCGGUUUCACGUUGACAGUUGACGUUAAUCACGUUCUUCAGGCGUGCAGAAAGGCUCGUGAGGUGGAUGGACUUUUUAUGAUCAACUUAUCGGCCCCUUUUAUUAUGCAAUUCUUUUCCGCGCAACUUGGGGAGGUUCUGCCCUAUACUGAUAUAAUUGUGGCCAACCGACAUGAGGCAAAGGAGUUUGCCAACAUGAUGAAGUGGGAUACGGACUGUGUCGAGGAGAUUGCAAGGCGAGCAGUAUCUGAGGUUCCUUACACAGGCACAAAAGGUCGUGUUGUUGUGUUCACUCGUGAUAUUGAACCUACUGUAAUUGCAACUAAGGAUGGUGUGGAGACGGUUCCUGUACCUCAGUUAGAUCAGGACAAAGUAAUUGACAUGAAUGGUGCUGGGGAUGCAUUUGUGGGUGGAUUUUUGAGUGCUUAUGCCGUUGGUAAGGAUUUGCGGCGCUGUUGCGAAACUGGCCACUACACAGCACAAGAGGUUAUCCAGCAAGACGGUUGCUCGUUCCCCGAGAAGCCCAGUUUCUCUCCUUGA